GCCUCAGCACAACCCCUCCACGCAGUCACCAUGAAGGUCCUGAUCUUUGCUCUGUUCGUUGUUGGCGCCUACAGCUGUGGGAGCCCCGCUGUUACCCCUGUGCUGUCCAGGGUGGUAGGAGGAGAUGAUGUCAGACCCAACAGCUGGCCCUGGCAGGUUUCUCUGCAGUACCGCAGUGGCAGCAACUACUACCACACCUGCGGAGGCACCCUGAUCGCUGACUCCUGGGUCCUGACUGCCGCUCACUGCAUCGGAAGCCGCACCUACCGUGUGUACCUGGGCAAACACAACCUGAAUGACAACGAGGCCGACUCCAUCGCCAUCGCCCCCGCUAAGAUCAUCGUCCACGAGCAGUGGGACUCCUACAGGAUCCGUAAUGACAUUGCCCUGAUCAAGCUGGAGACCCCCGUCACUGCCUCUCACGCCAUCAUGCCCGCCUGUCUGCCCGAGGAUGGACACAUCCUCGACCACGACUCCCCCUGUUACGUCACUGGCUGGGGACGCCUGUGGACCGGCGGCCCCAUUGCUGAUACCCUGCAGCAGGCCCUUCUCCCCGUGGUCAGCCACGCUAACUGCUCCAGGCCCGACUGGUGGGGCAGCCUGGUGACCAACAGCAUGACCUGCGCCGGAGGAGACGGACAGCUGGCCAGCUGCAACGGUGACUCUGGCGGCCCCCUGAACUGCCAGGCUGCUGAUGGCUCAUGGGAGGUGCACGGCGUGGUCAGCUUCGGCUCCAGCAUGGGCUGCAACUACGCCAAGAAGCCCUCUGUGUUCACACGCGUCAGUGCCUACAGCGCAUGGAUCAGCGACGUGAUGGCCAGGAACUAAGUCGUCAUCCAGAUUGGAUCAUUGCACAGUUUAUACAAGAUGAUAUGUGAGAUGUGAAUGUAGAAAUAAAGAAAUUAAUGGAA